UGUCUUUACAUGCUGAAGCUAUUUUUGCAGGGAUUCAUAGCCUUACAAAGCACUGCCAAGAGCAGCGAUAUCUUUUUCUUCAGCAAUAUUCGAGAGAUGCAGCUGCUCAUUACCUUACUGGCUGCUGUUGUCUAUGCUCAAGAUGAAUGUAUCAGGAACUCGUGUCAUCCACAACUUGGAGAUCUGCUGAUAGGCCGCAGCUCUCAGCUUUCAGCAACUUCAACCUGUGGUUUGAAUGGACCUCAGAAGUACUGCAUCUUGGGAUACCUCGAGAAUGAACAGAAAUGCUUCACUUGUGACUCUAGUUACCCUUAUAAUCGCUAUAACAACCCUUCUAGUCAUCAAAUAGAGAACAUCAUCACAACUUUUGAGCCUGAUCGAAAAUUAAAAUGGUGGCAAUCGGAAAAUGGUGUUGAUCGUGUCAGUAUUCAACUAGAUUUGGAAGCACUUUUUCAAUUCAGCCAUCUUGUUCUGACAUUUAAGACCUUUCGCCCUGCUGAAAUGCUAAUUGAAAGAUCCAGAGAUAAUGGUCGGACGUGGAAGGUGUUCCGAUAUUUUUCUCAGGAUUGCAAAUCAUCUUUCCCCUCUAUUCCAACUGGCCCAGCACAAAGGAUUGAAGAUGUCAUUUGCGAUUCCAAAUACUCUGGCACAGAGCCGUCCACUGAUGGAGAGGUUGUUUUAAAAGCAUUGGAUCCUAACUUUCAAAUAGAGAAUCCUUAUAAUCCACAUAUACAAGAGCUCAUAACUAUGACAAACCUUCGAGUAAACUUCACCAGACUCCUGACACUGGGAGACACUUUACUAUUAAGGCGGAAGAGGAAUCCUCAGGAGAAGUAUUACUAUGCUCUCUAUGAAAUGGUUGUCCGCGGGAGCUGCUUCUGUAAUGGCCAUGCCAGUCAGUGUAUGCCAGUGGACAAUGCAAGAGGAGAUGUAUUUAGAGAACAAAGAAUGAUCCAUGGAAGAUGUGUCUGCCAGCACAACACUGAUGGUUUGAACUGUGAGAGAUGCAAAGACUUUUACAAUGAUGUCCCCUGGAGGCCAGCCGAGAAAUCAAGCAUAAAUGGCUGUAAAAAAUGCAACUGCAAUGGACAUUCAGAGAGCUGCCAUUUUGACAUGGCAGUGUAUUUAACUAGUGGUGGAGUCAGUGGAGGUGUUUGUGAGAAUUGCCAACACAAUAGAAUGGGACCAAGAUGUGAGCAGUGCAGACCGUUCUUUUAUGAAGAUUCUUCUGCAUGUAUCCCCUGUGACUGUGACCCAGAAGGUUCUUUGAAUAAUGGAAUGUGUGAGUCUCACACGGAUCCCAUAUCCAGAACAGUGGCUGGCCGCUGCAUAUGUAAGAAGAAUGUAGAAGGAGUCAGAUGUGAUCGCUGCAAGACUGGUUUUUUUGGGAUAAGCCGAGACGAUCCACAGGGUUGCCAAUACUGCAGAUGUAACAGGCUGGGAAGUGUUCUAGCUCCAUCACCCUGUGACCCAGUUACUGGAGAAUGUGUUUGCCAGAGGUUUGCUUUUGGACCCUUAUGUGAUCAAUGUGUGCAAGGAUACUGGGGCCUUGGAAAUACAGUAUAUAGCUGUUCUCUCUGUGACUGUGAUAUUGGCGGAGCGUAUAAUGAUAUGUGCUCUUUGACUGAUGGACAGUGUCAGUGUCUCCCUCACAUUACUGGUCGUAGAUGCAAUGACCCAGCGCCCGGCUACUUCUUUGCUCCAUUAGACUACUACAUUUAUGAAGCUGAGUAUGCUGCUCCUUUAGGAAGUGCUGCCUCUUUGGUCAAGCCAACACCCCUUCCUAAGUGUGAAGCAUAUUUCCGACAGCGAGGAUAUGCGUUUAAAUUUCGUAAUGGUAAAUUUGUCUUAACCAAAAUAGCUAAACGCAGCAUCCGGGAGAAGAAGCAAGCACAGCAGAACACAAUCCCCCUUGAUCCAGGGUCCCAGUUACAGAUUAUUUUCAGACAGCGCUCCCCUGACAGGCCUGUCACAUGGACUGGCCCUGGAUUUGUGAGGGUCCAGGAUGGAGCGGGGCUGAGAUUCACCGUUAAUAACAUCCCUGCAUUCCUGGACUAUUCUAUUGUCAUCCGCUAUGAACCUGAGGCUUCAGAUGACUGGACAGCAGAGAUCAGUGUCACCCCCUUCAGUGUACCUAAUGAUGGACGUUGCCCAAAUCAGGAACCUGAGACUAAAACAGUCACCCUAUCAGCUUUGUCAAGGAUUGCAAUUUUGGAUACUCCUGCGUGCCUGGAUCGUGAAGGGAGGUACUUUGUGGACAUUAUUUUCAGGCAGCCUUAUGGUACAGGCUCCCACGUCCUUGUUGAUUCAAUUGGUCUUAUUCCAAAGAUUGAGUCCCUUCAGAAUUUCUGUUCAAGAACUGAUUUAGAGGAGUACCGACGUUAUCAGUGCAUUGAGAUUGCCUCUGAAGUUGGAUCCCAGCUGCUACCAGAGGUGUGCGAAAGACUUAUUGCAAGCAUGUCAGCACGAAUACACAACGGGGCAGUUUCCUGCAAGUGCAAUGCUCAAGGCUCUGUUAGCGCUUCUUGCAGUAAGUUUGGAGGUCAGUGUCAGUGCAAGCCCAAUGUGAUUGGGCGCUGCUGUGAUACAUGUGCUCCCAGGUCCUUUGGGUUUGGAUCCAGUGGCUGUACAUCUUGUGACUGUGACCCUCAGGGCUCUGUCAGUGAAAUGUGUGACCAGGCGAAUGGACAGUGUCCCUGUCGAAGAGAGAUUUAUGGACGGCGGUGUAGCCAGUGCCAGCCAGGUUACUUUGGUUUCCCUCAAUGCCGCCCAUGCCAGUGCAAUGGCAAUUCAAAGAUCUGUGAUCCUAGAACUGGUGCAUGUCUCAAUUGCAGAGGGUUUUCAACGGGAAACAACUGUGAAAGAUGUCUGGAUGGUUACCAUGGAGACCCCACUUUUAGAGAACCUUGUGAACCCUGCCUUUGCCCUGAUACUAAGGCCAGUGGUCGUUACUUUGCUCAUUCUUGUAACAAGGAUCAUAAUGCCCUACAAGAAGUCUGUAACUGUAUUGAAGGCUAUGCAGGUGCUCACUGUGACAUGUGCCCUGCUGGGUACUACGGCAGUUUGACUCGUGCUGAGGAGCGGUGCCAGCAGUGCCAUUGUAACAACAACAUAGACCCAACAGAUCCGGGUGCCUGUGACAGGUUAACAGGGGAAUGCUUGAAAUGUCUCUACAACACUGACGGACCCAACUGUGAAUUCUGCAGACCAGGCUAUUUUGGAUCAGCUCUCCAACAGAACUGUAUAGCAUGUGUUUGCAAUCCAGUGGGCACUGACUGCAACAGUUGCCCAAGUAACAAAACAUGUGUUUGUGACCAGUCAUCUGGCCAGUGUCCCUGUUUACCAAAUGUGGUUGGUACAAGUUGUAAUGAGUGUGCACCUGGGUACUGGGACAUGGGCAGUGGAAGAGGAUGCCAACCAUGUGAUUGUGUGCCUGGGAACUCUCUAAGCAACCAGUGCAAUCAGUUUUCUGGACAGUGUCAAUGCAGACCAGAAUUUGGAGGAAAGCAAUGCAAUGAAUGUGGUCAAAACUUUUUUGGAAACCCCAGAUUUGGGUGUAUUUCCUGUAAUUGUACAAUUGAAGGAACAGAAAGACCCGUGUGUGAUCAAUACACUGGGACCUGCAACUGCCGGACUGGUGUCAUAGGGAAGUUCUGUGAUCAGUGUGCUCGAGGGUUUCUUCCAGAGUUCCCAGCAUGCACUCGCUGCCACCCCUGCUUUGAGCUCUGGGACAAGAACGUCAGUGACAUUCGUCAAACUCUUCAGAAACUGAUUAAAGCAUCAUCAAUUACGUAUGAUGAUAAGCUCCCCACUUAUGAAAAACAGUUUGAUGAGCUGGAGAAGAAAUUGGCUGAAGUUCAGAGGCUUCUGAACAGCCCAGUGGCAUCUCUAGAGGAAGUUCAAAAGGCAGAAGAAUUAUGUGACCAAAUCAGACGACUAACUGAUCAGAUUGAUCCAAACUCGAUUGUUGUGGAUGAUACACCUGUGUUAAACAGCGAGAUUAAUAGUAUUAGAAAUGAACUUAAUCUGCAUUUCAAUGAUUUGAAAAACAGAGUAAAGUUGAUUUUUAAAUUUGACGUUACAAAAUUACUGGAUGUCUACAACACCAUUAAAAAACACUAUAAGGAUUCCAACAAUACUGAACAGAAAGUAAAAAAUACCCAGCCUACCAUCGAUCAAUCGAGAAACACCAGGGAAAAGGCAAUUGGUCUACUUGAUAAAGCAAGUUUACCAGAAGAUUUGGAUGCCUUGCAGAAAAAAAUUAAUGAGCUAAAUGUUAAAGAUCUAAAUGAAAAAGUGUGUGGGGCUCCAGGAGAUGAGCAAUGCUCUGAGGCAACAUGUGGAGGUGCUUUGUGCAGAGACACUUCUGGCAAUAGAAAAUGUGGGGGGCUUUACUGCAAAGGAAGUUUACCAGUUGCUCACAAUGCUACUGAGGAAGCUAAGAAAACAGAAAAAAAAAUCCCCAUCCUUCUAACUCAGCUCGAAGAGUCUGAGAAAGAGAUAGGAAAUGCAAGAAUAACUGCACAGGAGACCAAGGAAAAGGCAUCAGAGUUAAGCAAGAAGAUAACAAAGAAUAAAGACAAAUAUGAAAAAGAAAAGGAAAAAACAAAUGCUCUCAUCAAGAGCGUAAAGGACUUUUUAACAGGUGACAGUGUGCUACCAGAGGAUAUUGAGAAAAUUGCUGAAGCUGUCCUAGCCCUCAGGAUUCCAAGCUCACCUAGCCCAGAAGACUUGAUCCGGAAAAUCCAGAAUAUUCUGGUAGAUUGCAAGAAAAUCGAAAGUGUAAUAGAUAACCUCAAUAAUAAGACCAAUGAGGUAAAGGAACUGUUGGAACAAGCAGAGGAAACUGAGAAAAGAGCGAAGGCCCUGGAUAUCAUGGAAGCUAAGAAAGCUUUAGAAAAAGCAAAAGAAGUUCAAGACAAAGUGAAAAAAUCCAUCGAUGAGACAAAAGAUCAUUUUGAUGCAAUCAACGACAAUAUUUAUCAAACUAAAGAAAAGUUAGAUAGAAUUGAAGAAAACAAUAUGGACUUAAUGAACAGACUUAAUGACCUGAACAGGGAAAUUAAAAAUCUCAAGGAGAAAACUGAAAUGAAUAGAUUGCAGGCAAAAGAUGCAAAGGAAGCAGCAGAAGGAGCCCUUGCCAACGCUACAGAAGCUGAGAAGGACCUCAAGGAGGUGAAUGAUCAAUUCCAGAAAUUAAAAGAAAAGGAAAAGGGAAAUGGAGCAUCGCAAGAAGCUAUAGACAAAGCAAAAAUGUUAAAGACAGAAGCUGAAGAACUAGCAAAAGAUGUAGGAGGAAAAAUGAAAGAGAUAAUGGACCUGGAAAAAAAAAUUGAAGAUCUACUGAAGAGUAAAGAAGACAAAGAAAAAGAAAUUAGUGAACUAGAGGAUCGCGUCAGAAAUGUCAGAAAUGAAAUCAUUAAGAGGGGGAUUGCAUACAGCACCUGCCAGUUUUAGAGCCCAGUUGGAAUGCAAUAUACAGUGCACAACUAGGGGAGCAAACUAAGGGACUAGAUACAGAAUCAAACUGGAAAAAUCGAGGCAACCAUGAUACUUGCUUUAAAUUGGGCAUGGGUCUGAACUUGGGGAUGUACUGGAGAAUCUAAAUAUAGCAAUCACUUAAAUAUUAAAUUAUAACCAAACCUUCAAUUGUACUUUACUUUUAAAGGCACAAACAUACUUACAGAGACUCAAACACAUUGUAAGGAGUUUUUUUUUUUAAGUCCCCUUCUAUUGUUUUCAAUGAAAGUGGAACAUACACCUCUGUUUAAGAUCUAUUGAAUAGAGCACAGAGUGGUACGAGACCAACUAGCUUUUUAAAUACCAAUAUGAACAGAAAAUGUGAAAACCAGUAUGACUAAGUCUUUUUUUUCAAACAUACAAUCUCACCUUGAAUAUGUUCUAUUACCUUUAUUGAACUGAGAUCAGUUCCUACUAUAGGUCAAGUGAAUUCUGUUUUGUAUGACCUAAACCAGAAGGCUGUGUUGAAGGUUGGAAUCAAUUUUUGUUUAAUUAAUUAUAUUUCCAAUGUACAUUUUUAUCUUCAGACAAAGGUAAACAAGUAUAUCAUUGGGUCUAAUUUUUUUCCACAUUUAUUAUUGAAUUUCAUUUUAUUUGGUGUUUUUUUUUUUGCUGCCAGGGGUACACAUUUUUUUUCCAUUUAUUUUUUGAAUGCUUUUUAUAUAGAGUAUAUUUUUUCUGACCCCUGUUUUCUGUGCUUGAAUCUUUCUGUACACACACUAUAUUUGGUCAGAUAUCAUGUACCGCCCCUUUCAUACUGCCUUUUUGUUGUACAGCAAAUAUUUUUAAGUAAAAUAGUACGAUAGAAAGAAAAACAGAAAAUGUAGAUAUGUUUAUAACCUUAGUUGAAUAAAGCA